UAUUGGUGAGAAAUGACCGAAAGCGUUCAUUUGAGAUUUGUGUGAGUCGCCGUUGCCGUUGCUGUCCUCUCUCUUGUAUUCAUACACUGUCUUGUUUUGUAUCUUUAGCAAAUCAUGCUACUGAUAAAGUCAGCAAAAGUGUUCAACCUGUUUAGUAGAAGAAGCAUUCGCUUAUAACUGUUUCGCAUCAUUCACCUGCGGGUUGAUCGUCGGAACAAGGUGCUUAAUAUUACAGUACUAAAUCAUCUCAGUGUAAACAAACUUCGGCUGCCUCAACAAUGGGUAUACAAAAUACACGCGGAUGGUCUAUUGCUGUUUGUGUUUUCGUUCUCAAUGUCGGCAUUGUUGGUGUUAUUCACACGGUUAGCAUGAUUCUGAUGACGUUACAAAAAGAGUUCGAUGCGACGUCUACGGCAAUAGGAUGGGUUGGAUCUAUUUCAACGGCAACAGUGUGUUCAAUGUCGCCACUUUCUUGCUUUCUCUACGAGUUGACUAGUCAUCGUAAAGUUGCUCUGGUUGGAGUCGUACUAAGUGCAGCUGGAAUUAUGCUCACGUCGUUUGCAACAAAUAUAAUGACAUUGUUCUUUACGUUCGGCAUCAUCUUUGGCAUCGGCGGAAACUUCGUCUACAACCCGUUGAUGAAUCUGUUGAGUUGCUACUUCCCUCAUAAACACUGUUCUAGGGCGACCUCGCUGGCUGUGUCAGGAACAGCAAUAGGUAUGCUGUCACUGGGGCCUAUAUUCAGCAUCUGUUUCACAGAUUACGGUUGGCGAAUGACACUUCGCAUUUUCAGUAUUGUUAUCUUGUUGGUUGGUGUUCUUUGUUGUGUACCAUUCGAUCCACCGCCACCAGUAGCAGAGGCCAUCAAUAGUCAAUCCUUAGAUGAUAAAGAAAAUGAAGAAUCCCUUGAAAAGCGUAGAAAUAAAUUCAUGAAAUACCUCUGGAUCCUAAAAUUGCCGGAGCAUUGGCUCUUCAACUUUGCAAUAAUCUUUUCCACAUGUGCUGCUAUGUUUAACCUUAUAUAUCUGGUUAGUCUUGCCGAAAGUUUAAAGAUCGAACCAAAGCUUGCCUCACAUAUGGUAGCAAUAUCGGCUGGAGGUCAGCUGAUUGGUCGAUUCCUGUGCAUCGUUGUCGGGGACAAGCUUCCGUUUCCCCGCGUCGUUGCCAUGUGUCUGACGUGUCUCCUGGGAACUGGGAUAACCGUCAUGUUAUUGUUCAUAGACUCAAACGCUAUGUUUAUAGUCUAUGUUAUCAUUUCUGGUAUUCCAAUGGGAAUUCAUUGGUCUCUGAUUUACUCGGUGGCCGUAGAGAUAUUUGGCAUCGUCAGAAACUCGGAAGCUGUCGGCUACCUGACUGUCUCCAUUGGGUUAGCAGCCUUAUUUGCUCCUUAUGCCUUUGGAAAAGCGUUUGAUGCCACUGGAAUCUUCGACAUCUCUAUCUUAAUCUGUGCUGCAUUCUGGUUUAUGGCUGCCCUCUGUUAUUUCGUCAUGUAUACAUAUAUGCGCUGCUGCAGUUCCACCGAUUCCAACAAAUACGUCUCCGUUCCGAGCGGUAUAGUUCCCGUGGAAAACACAGAAAAUGCCACUGCAGUGUGAUAUUUUGAUUCACAAAUCUUCUUACAAAGUCACCUCUGAUGCAUGCUGUUUUGGUGGUGAUCUUGCUAACAUCUUUAAAUGCCAAAAAUCCUGCUUUGAUCGAACAAAAUAUAAGUACAAUGGGGUUGGAAAGAUCAGAUGCAGAUUCAAAAUCUGAUAAUAUCAAAAAAUUUAUUUAGCACCAAUUCAUCAAAUGAAUUCAUUAAAUGCAUCUAGGCGCCAGUGUACAAUAGGCUAAUCGAAAAUAAAAUAUUUUCAUAAAUAUAUGAAUUUGAAUGAAAAAACUAUGAGAACUGUCGAACAAAAAAUGUGGGCAUUAUAAUUGAACAGAAAAAAGAACGUUGACCAAAAGGAUUGCACGUGAAGGAACUUUAGCGGAUUAGAUACUGUAAAACUACGAUGGUUAUUUUAACAACCAUUUUUUAACAGGAGAAAGAGUGGCAUUUAGUAAAGAUGUAAUGUGUUCUCACAAGAGGGUUUGAGAUCAUAUCCGUACUGCUGAACUUUCUGUAAGCGAUUACUAAUAAAUUCAGAUACACCGAUAAGUACAGAAUUACGCAUAAUGUAACUUGGAAAAUGAUACAGUAAUUGAUUUUUACAAAUAUUAGUACAAGUUACCCUUUCAGAGUCAGGGUUAAUUGUUUUUCAUACCUUUCACCAACAUGCAUAUUAAAGUAGUUGCUACGGCAGGUCUUUUAUUUCCUAUUCAUAAGUCUUUGAGUGAAAGCAGUGAAAUUUGUUCCAACUCGAUGUUUCAACAUAACGCCUUCAUUACAUGAAAGAAGUUAUCUGUUUUCAGCAAACAAAUCAUUAACAGGAUCCCCACAAUUAUUAGACCAGUUUUGAGAAAAAGGAGUUUUCCUGAGCUGUAACUUAGAAUUGUUGAACCAAAGGUCAUACUUUUCUCUUUUUUAACGCAUGUUCUUCACAAACGUAUUUCUUGCGACUUUUAGAAUUUUUACCAAGUCUCUACAGAAGAAAUUAUUAUUUGCUUCAUGGUACAAUUUUUAUUUUCAAUCGAACCUUCUAAAUUGAUUUAUAAUUUCACUAAUCUGGAAAGUAGUUGCUUCCAUUAUGAGUUUUAAGCUGUAAUUAAGCUCCUAAUUUAAGUCGCUUUAAGGUGUCGUAUUUGACUUUGGAUAUAUUAUCUAUUCGCAGUCACAAUUCUAGUAAUCUUGUGAGAUUUAAUUCUAAGCUACUCUGUCUAUACUUAUAUUAUACAAUAAUAUUACCUCAUUUAUGAACUUUUAUAAAGGAUAUGACAAUAACAGUAUCUGUGAUGUGAUUCUUCCUAACGCUUAUGUUUCAAUUUAUUUUAUUUUUUUAUUUUUUUUAUUGAAACCAAUAAUUUAUCGAGAUCUUCCUUGUUUUAUCGCAUUUACUAAUUAAAAUAUGUGUUGUCAUUUGUAUCACGAAAACUUUAAGUCUUUCUGGAAAUAUUUUUUAGUUAUAUGCUGGUAAUAUAUUGAAAUAAUAUAUAAAAUGAGCAUUUCAUUAUAGUUUAUUAGAUUUACCUGGCAGUAUAUCUUUAAAUAUUAUAUAUUAUAUAUAUAAUAAAUUGUAAAUUAUUGUAAAUUUCUUAUAAUUCUGUUAAUAAUUGCUGCCAUCAAAAAUCAAAUAGUCUUGACCUUUGAAUCUUUUGAUAACUAGUAUUAAAUGCAGGAAUCCAUUUGGUCGGGUACGUUACAAUAAUAUGCAAUUGAUAAUUGUAUCGGUUCGUGAGUGUGUGAUAAAAUAUUAUCAUAAAUAAAUAUUAAUUUUCUUAUUGGUAUCGACAAAUAAAAUAAAUGUGUCAUUUUCGACCAUUUCAAUUCUA